GAUACAUACACAUACAUACUAUAUAUGCAUAUAUUUAAAUCUGAAUCUCGAAAAGUUUGCCGUGCCGCAAGUUCUCAAUAAUAAUUGCAUUAGUAAUAUUGCAUUGUAUUAUCUAUCUGAAAAAAUAAAACACGUGUCUCAGCAUUUAAAAAAGUAAUAAAAUUUGAUUUCAAAAAUUUUAUAUAUUUCUGUAACAAGUGUUUGGAAGUUUCUGGAAAACGUUACGCGUUCAGGCGCUCACGUUACAUUACACAAGGUUGCGAUUGUGGCAGAGUUGCUUUAAGGAUAUACUAGCGCCAGGAUUUAACGCUGCCUCAUUAUGAGCUUUCACAAGAGCGACUCACGCACGCCCUUGGCGCCGCCUGAGUACACUAAAAUACCCACUGUUGUGACGGGCUAUGAUAACGAGAAGCAUAACGGCAGGAAUAACGCGAACAUAAGUCAACCAAAAUUCAUACGGUCGGACAUGGCGGAUGUACCGGUACAGCAGGCGGCAGGCUCCACACUGCCAUUGGUGAUAACGCGUAAAAAAGGCGGCGACGAUUCGGAGGAUGUGAAUUAUAAUCCAUUCGAGCACCGCAAGGUCGAGCAUCCAACAUCUGACAUGGAAACCCUUGUGCAUUUGCUCAAAGGCUCCCUCGGCUCGGGCAUUCUGGCCAUGCCCAUGGCCUUCAUGAAUGCCGGUCUUUGGUUCGGUUUGGUGGCCACCUUCGCGGUGGGCGCUCUCUGCACCUAUUGUGUUCACAUUUUGGUGAAAUGUGCCCACAUUUUGUGCCGGCGCCGCAAGAUACCCAUGAUGGGGUUUGCCGAUGUGGCUGAACAGGCCUUUCUCGACGGACCGCCCUCGCUGAAUCGCUGGUCGCGCUUUAUACGAUUUAUGGUGAACUCAUUUCUGGUGAUCGAUCUGUUGGGCUGCUGCUGCAUCUAUUUGGUGUUUGUGGCGACGAAUGUGAAGCAGGUUGUGGACUUUUAUAUGGAAAAUGAGCUGAGUGUGCGGCUGUGGAUUGUAAUUGUGACGGGGCCAUUGAUAUUCAUGUGUUUGGUGCGGAACUUGAAAUUCCUGACGCCCUUCUCCAUGAUCGCCAACAUAUUGAUGUUCGUGGGCAUUAUCAUAACUUUCAUCUAUAUGUUUUCGGAUCUGCCCGCACCUGCAGAACGUGAUGGUGUUGUCAAUGUGGUGCAAUGGCCGCUCUUCUUCGGCACCGUCAUAUUCGCGCUGGAGGGCAUUGGUGUAGUGAUGUCGCUGGAGAACGACAUGAAGAAUCCCACACACUUCAUUGGCUGCCCCUCGGUGCUGAAUCUGGGCAUGGGCGUGGUCAUUGCGCUCUACACGCUGGUCGGUUUCUUUGGCUAUCUAAAAUAUGGACCCGGCACUGAGGCCAGCAUUACGUUGAAUCUGCCGGUGGAGGAGAAAUUGGCACAGUCGGUUAAGCUAAUGAUUGCCAUUGCCAUAUUCUUCACCUUUACGCUGCAAUUCUAUGUACCUGUGAGCAUUCUCUGGAAGGGUAUUGCGAACAAGAUUGCGCCCGAGCGUCAGAAUGCCAGCGAAUAUGGUCUGCGAGUGUUCCUGGUGAUAGUCUGCUGUAGCAUUGCCGUAGCGCUGCCCAAUCUGGGGCCGUUCAUCUCGCUCAUUGGCGCCGUCUGCCUCAGCACGCUGGGCAUGAUUGUGCCCGCAAUCAUUGAGUUGGCGGUGUAUCAUGAGGAUCCCGGCUAUGGGAGGUUCAACUGGCGACUGUGCAAGAACAUCGGCCUCAUACUGUUUGGUAUUGUGGGCUUUGUGACGGGCACCUAUAUCAGUAUACUCGAAUUCCAUGCCGAAUUCACUGGCGGCCAUGUGGGUGAUCAUUAAAGUCGAAUGCCAGCCUCCGUGCAAAUUGACAAAUUACGCUAAUUUAAUUUAAUAAAAACUAAAACAACUACUUUUAAAGAAACUCUUCUAAGCACAGGGAUGUCUAAGUUAAGUUUUUAACUAAUUUUAGGGCUAACCAAAGUUUUGUAAGAUUUUUCUUUUUGUUUUUUUAUGGUUUUUCGUUUAAUCUUGCCACCCACCCCCCUCUCUCUCUAUAUAUAUUAUGUAUAUUUCCGGAGUGGAGCGUUACCCGAAACAAAGAAACAAACACACACACAAACAAAGUAUUUGUCUAACCAUUAAAGAUAUUUAGAGAAUUCUUGUAGACGUGAUUUUGUAAACGUAGUGAUUUUCUUCAAAACAAACGCAUUUCUGUUCUGGCUCAAUUGGCCAGCCCGAAUGCAGGUCCUAGUUUUAGUAGUUGUAGUAAGGAUAUUUGCCACAUAUAACCCACCAUGUAGGGGGGGUUCAUUGCGACAAACGAGCACAAAUUUUGCGCAAAAUGUGCCACAAGCAAUUGUUUUCAUUUUUCUGUUUGAAACCAUUUUAAUCUGUCUAAUUUUAAUCAAUUAAUUAUAUAUUACGUGCAUGCAUAUUGUUUACAAAAUACAAAGACCUCUUGCAUCAGUGCAAAUAAAAAAUUCAGGAAAAAAAAAACAAAAUAAAGAAAUUAUUUU